GGCCGAUGGUGCCGUACCUCAGCGUGGUUUCAAGUUAGCCUGUCGCUUGUCUCUCCCUUUCCUCGGGAAAAGACGGUUGUGGAAGCGAUGGCUCCGGCAGGGCAGGAAGAAGAAUGUGUCAGCGGGGCUCAGGUCAUCGCGGAAGCGCUGAAGAUGCAAGUAAGAAACGCUCUUGGCUGACCCUUGAACCCCGGCAGCCAACCCGGAAAUAUUACGUGUUUCCUACGGAGAGCGGGAAGGAGCAUUUUUUUUCGAAAAAGCGUAGUUUUACGUGAAGGGUUCUAGUCCCUGUCGAGGACGUGUAGCCCAAUAUGCAUCUGAAGGCAAUCCUGUUUAGGGAAGUUUUUAAUGUUUUAUCGCGAUUUUACUGCAGUAUUCCGUUGGGAACAGCCCAGAGUCGCUAGGGCAAAAUAAAUUAUUAUUAUUAUUAUUAUUAUUAUUAUUUAUUAUUUCCCAGUGUCGGAUUUGCGUAUAAGCUAAACAAGCUAUAGCCGAAAAUAUAAGAUAAAAAACAAAUAAAACAAAACCUAUAUACAGCAACAGUGUUUUGUGUUGCGUAGGGUCCUAUUUGUUAUGUGCAAAUGGCUUUAGAUACCCAUUAGGUCCAUAAAUUACCAUACAGCAUAUAUUCAACCCGGAAAACAGUGACAAUUUGUUGUUGACAAAGGACAGCUGGACAUCUAAAGGGCCCCAUUACCUUCAGUAGCUUAGGGCCUCACCCGGCCCUGCCGAUAUGCAAUGGGAGGUGAAACAUCAACAGGAGAGCCCCAGGUUUGGUCGUGGAUGGUUCAAAAUUGCAACGAGUCUUGUCACUGUUUUGGCCCCUCUCGUUUUAAGGAGCUGUUUACUACCCUGUCACCUGCUUCUCGCGUUCUCAGCAUGUACCUGUCGAGCUGCUGUGCUGCCUACAGUGUAGGCUGUGUAGGUUUGGCUCUCGUUGCACAAGAAGGUGUAGGGAAGAUAAAAAGAAUUAGUUAAUCUGGGAACGGCAUCAAGGAUUAGUGGACUUAGGUGAAAGAUCACAGCAUGCCAGGAGAAGCAAUAGCAGAGUGGCAAAGAGCACGGGACGCCCCAUGUCUGCCCGUCCUUUCGCCUCCAGUUGAAAAGGUUCUUGUAGGUGGAGAUGGGGCACAGAUCCCUGCCUGGAAACUCCUGGAUAAAGUUAUGUAGACAAUAUUAGGCAAUACAAAACCUUUUGACCUGGUGUGAAGCGGCUUCUUUUUUAAUUUUUGUCUUUGGGCAAAGUAAUAAUCAUAAAUAAUAAGAAUAAAAAUGUGCACCCCACCACUGAGACUAUUCCAUUGUAACUAUCCAACCUCCCAUAAUUUCAGCACCUCUUGCGAUGGUUUGACCCCUUUCCGUUUUAUAUUCCUCGUCUUACCGUAAUGGCACAUGUUAAUUUAUCAUUAAUAGCUAUAUCCCACAUCUCUUUAUACCAUUCUUCCAUUUUAUAUCCCACUUGUCCCUUCCACUUCCUAGCUAUAACAGUUCAUGCAAUAACUUUCCCACAUCAUCAAGGACCCAGUGAUCAACCAUUAACUAAAGCUUGAGUAAAAUCAAAUUAUAAAUGAUUUUCCAGAUAAUGCUUCAAAAAAGAAGACGUUUUUGCUAAUGAGGUUUCCCUCUUAGGCCCAUUGGUGGAAAGUCCAUUGCUUAAUAAGUUAAUCAUUAUACGCAAUCGCUUCAGCAGAAUAAGUUCCCUUAGCUCAGGGUUUAUUGCCCUUUGAAAGUAUCACAUUGUCAGCAACUUGCAUGUGUAACUGCUUUCAGCAAACUGUGCUCUAGCUGACUUGGCUUCCUUCAUUAGGCCUUGUCUUCCUUUUGGUGGCCCAGAUCACCUGGAUGACAUUGUACAAGCCAGAAAGGUACAUACUGGCAGUAAACACCUAUUUUAUGUAGAAGUUUAGUUUAUAUUGGCAUAUCAUACAUAAUAGCUGCAUUCAGGAAGAAAACCAAAUUGUGGCUUGGGCCUACACGAGCAAACUUUGAGAAGCUUUGGGUCCUUUCACAAUUUCCUCAUAAACCAUAAUGGCUAAACCUACUUUUUUGUCCACACAAGGAUUCCAAACCAAGAUUCACAGUGUGAUCACUCAGACGAGCAUUUCUUUUGUAUAAAGAACACCCAUAUGCUGAUCAUCAGCUAUGUUGCCUAAAUUUCUGGCAACCCCACGUACUGUUUUACUGAAGAUGAGAAUAAUCUACUUCAUACAACAUCUGGAAAGCUUUCUGUGCUGUUUCCGUAGGAAACUGGGUGGUUGCAUGUAUAAGCUCAGGGGUUGGCAGUUUUUUUUAGCAGCGGGCCGGUCCACUGUCCCUCAGACCUUGUGGCAGGCCAGAGAAGUGGCACGGGGGGGGGGGGGGUGUGAGCUGGAAGAAGAGGUGAGGGGGGCAAGUCCUCUCCCCCAGCCCCAGCACCUACCUUCCCAAGGGCUGCCGCCACUACCACCACCGCUGCUGCUGCUGCUGCUUCUUGUGGGUAAGCAGAGCGAGCUUAUCCGUUCCGCUCUCUGGCGCCACGCCUGGUUUACCUCAGCGUGGCGCUGGGACAUCUCUGCCAGUCAAACACCACUGAGGUAAACCAGGUGUGGCGUUUGAGUGGCAGAGCCACUGCCACUUGGCCUCUUCCUCCCGUCGCCAUCGCUGGGAGUCUUGGCUUUGCGGCGGGUUGUGGCUUCCUGGCACGGGCCUGAUUUAAGAUCCAGGUGGGCCUGAUCCAGGUGGGCCGUAGCUUGCCGACCCCUGAAUUAGCUGCUCAAGGGUUCUCAGCUCUCCUUGGUCAUGCAUUCAUACACAAGGAGUAGCUAACAUGGUGCAUUCCAGAUGUUGGACCAACUCCCACCAUUCUUGACCACUGCUUAUGCUGACAGUGGCUGAUGGAAGUCCAACAACAGCUGGAGGGCACCACACUGGCAACGCCUAGUGUAGACACACACACACACACACACACACACACACACACACACAAUGUGUUAAUCAGCCAUCAUAUCCUAGGGUAGCUGUAACAAUUCUAGUGAUCAUGAUGUCUCUUUAUCCGGGCAACCACAUGGGAACACAGUUGUUGUUGUUUACAUGUUCCUCAUUCACAAACCUUAUUUGUCCCCAUUCUUGCAUAUCUGGGACUGUUUUUGUAGUAAAAAAAAUGUGUGAACUACCCAGAGUGUUCAUAAAUAUACAUUUUAUUAAAGUACCGUACUUUUCUGUGUAUAAGACUAUUUUUUUUACUCUAAAAUAAUGUUCAAAAUCUGGGCUUGUCUUAUACACGGAUAGUAUCUCCCCCCAUUUUCUUAAAUCAGAGUCCUCAAAAAUACAUGGGGGCGUCUUAUAGAUGGAAAAAUACGGUAAUUGUUUCUUCCAAAUGAUGAUCACAUGUUUGUUACAAUUCCUUAUUUUUAGUUGCAUGGAAAUGUCUGUUUAAAUGUAUUUUUGUGAAAAAUAAGUAUUCAUUAUAAGCAUUUAUUGGCUGUUGCACUAAUAGAACCUUGGGUGUAUAGUAUCAUCAAUACAGGUAUACCAGCUGCAGUGGUCUACGCAUGGCAUUACUAGAAGCCUAGCUUGGUUUGAAGCUGCAAGUAUUUAGUUGCAGUUCUAACUUUCUCCUAGAAAUCUUGACCUUAAACGAAUAAAAAAGCUAGAUAGAUAACAGAAGAUAAAUAUUUUGGGGAGACAGCUUAUUUUUUAAAAAAUGCUAUUUAUUUCAGAACAUCGAAUAUAUGUUUGGCAUUGUUGGUGUUCCAGUGAUCGAAGUAGGAGUUGCUGCUCAAGCAAGUGGAAUUAAAUAUAUUGGAAUGCGCAAUGAACAAGCUGUAAGUAUCUUCAGUAGCCUUGUUUGCUAGCCAGGCCUCGAGCUGAGCUUAUGCAUAAUCUGAAAACGAGACUGGUGCACGGUACUCAGUCAUGUAUAGUCUUUCACCAAUGUUUUUUAUAUGUGGUUGUGGAAGCUGCAGUCUGUUACAGGAAACCCAGCAUAGGGUGGGACAGAGGGCUUCUUAACAUUUUCCUUGCCUUUUAUCCUACCCCCCAACAAAAUAAUGCAUCUUAGUUGCUUCCCCCCAAGGGAAAAAUACUGUCAUUUGAUCCUAAUAGCCUCUCCCAAAUGAGUAUGAAUGUAACGACUCUGGUGGGGUAUACUCUGAGAAGUAUGAUGUGACCACAGAUUUUCUGACCACUCUGAACUCUGAUCUCAUGGCUCACCACCUGUUUCCAAAAUGCAACAAAUUGCCUUUGUGCUACAAAUAUUCUCGAUUACAAAAAAAAAAGUGUGGCAUAUAAUAUGUACACACACACACACACGUAUACAGAGAGAGAGAAAUUACUGUAUUUUUCCAUGUAUAAGACUAGGUUUUUUUUACCAAAAAAUAAGGUUUAAAAUUGGGGCUCGUCUUAUACGCAGGUAGUGCUGAGGCGUGUUUUCUUAAUUUGGAGUCUCCAAAAAUAGGGGGUGUCUUAUACAUGAGGACGUCUUAUGUAAUUUACCUGUAAAUGGUUUUGAGAACUGUCCCAUGUUAAUAAAGGUCCCAUGUUUUAACAUUUGAAGAACCCAAACUGACAACUUGGUUAUUAUCAGAGGGCAGAGUAGCAAGAGGUAUAGUUUGUUUUUUGAGGGGGCUCUGGCUGAAGCUUUCCAUAAUUCUUCCCGGUGGUGGCACAUGUCAGGAUACUGUAUGUGAAUUUCAUUGAGUUACAGCAGCAUAAGUUUAAAAAUUGUGUAACCAGAGGCAGUGCUGACAAGAUUGCCUAAUUGCACGGGAAAGUGCCAUUCACUCUACCUGCAAAGUUUUGUGUGUCGCUUUAGCUUGUCAGUUUCUUUGACAAUGUGUCGUUGCCAUGGCACCCUGCUUGUGAGGUACAAAGAGCCUUGCUAAUGAAACGCCCACUCCGUAUAUCUUUAAACAUUUGUACGUUGCCAUGUUUUUUUUUUCAGAAGGAGAAGGGAAACACAUGUCACAUUAAAUUGCCUUCUGGUUUCUGAGUAGUAAUCAUUUUCUCCCCUCUUCUGUUCGUCAAAGGUAUUAUGUAAAAACUGCAUUCUCACCCACCAUGUUGAAUCUAAAUUGCUACCUCAAUAUUCUACUCCUACGCUAAGCGCCAUGUUGACUAUUCAUUCCUAUGCUUUCUGGACUUACCUAUUAUUGGUUAUUUAACCAUUCCUGCUCAUUCCUGCUCACAUAUGUGCAUAUAUUUUGGGGUAGGGAUUGAGGGCUUUCUAUAUGUAGAAUAUAUUUACAUCUAUUCUAGAUAACUGUUGUGGGGAGGAUUGACUCCUUUCCCCAAAUUAUCAACCAAACUGCUUGAAUAUACUUUGCAAUGCCAUAGGCUCUCAUAUAAAUUGGUGAUAUUAUUAGUUUUGCCCAGUGCAUAGAUUCUUGUUUUGGAAUAUGACACAUUUAGCUCAGGAGAAGUUGCACACCUCACGAUUCUGCUAAAUUUGCUCCUCAUCCCACCUGCCCAUAGCUGUCAACUUUUCCCUUUUUUUAAGGGAAAUUCCCUUAUUCCGAAUAGGAGUCCUCGCAAUAAAAGGGAAGAGUUGACAGCUAUGCACCUGCCAGAGCCUGAUGUAAUAGAAAUUCUAGGCCGCUGAGGUGAAAUUCUAGGCCGCUGAGGGGUGUGUUUGCAGUUCACAUAAAGCCAUGCUUAUAAUCGAAGAAAGCACUUAACCUCCUUUUUAUAUGUGACAGCAGCACCUAGAAUAGUCUAUGCGAAAAACUGGAAAGAAAAAGAGGUACCCACGAAAGAAAUCUGGCAGAAUAUACUGAUAGAAUUAGCAACCAUAACCACGAAAAUAAGAAAUAAAGAUGAGAUGCAACUAAGAGAAGAGUGGAAGCAUUUUGGAGAAUAUAUUAGAGACUACUAUACUCAAUUUAACCUGCAAGUAGGAGUUAACAUAUGAGCAGCAGAUAAUACUAAAUAAAGGAAGAUUAGAGACAAAAAUGGGUAGAUUAUCAGAAUAUGCAGAAGAUCAAGGUUAGCAUGGAGAGAUGGGAGUCUUAAGGAAAAAGAUAAGUGAUGGACAAUGUGUUGUAUGUAUACAAGUUGUAAAAAAUGUAUAAAUAACAAUAAAAAGCCAUGCUUUUCAUGUUUAACUAUGGCUUAAUGUGAAUGAGCACCAUGCUGUUGCACGCUCUAAAAUUUUUCCCUUUGCAGCUUCCCCACUCCUGGCUGCACUGCUCUGGAAGUGACACACUACAGGCCUUGGCUUGUGAUGCUUUUUGAACCCAGACUUGUGGUUCCCUCCUUCCCCCAACAAAGCAGUAAACCAAGAAUAAACCUUGGCUUCCACUUGGGGUUUGUUUGGUAAAAACCAUGAGUCUAGGACAGGUCCAGACGAUAUAACAAGCCAACACUUGUGGCUUGUCGCUCCUGGUACAGUCCUGGUAAAGCUGAGGAGGAAUGGAGUGGGAACAUGGAGCAGCCUUCAGUGUCACUCUUGUUGAUUUGUGUCAAACCAUAGUAAGCACUAACUGUGGUUUAAUAGGAGGUGCAAACCAGGCCAAUGACAAACGAUAGUUUAAAACAUUGGUUUUUUCUGUUGGGGUAGAAGGAAGCUGCCUGCUCUUUUUAUUAUUGUGAUGUAACAGAUGGCAUAGAAAUAGUGGACAGGAACAACCCUUAACAUGCUUUGGAAAAUUACGUCAGUCUGUCUUUGGCGCAGUGUUUCCCAUUAAUUCAGUGUGGCAGUUUCAUUAUCAGUAGUAAAUAAGUUUGACAUGCUUGCAUGAAUGUAACCAUGGUAUAAAUGGGGGAACUUCUCUGGCAAAUCUUUGUUGUCAUAAUAACUUACCAAUUCCAAUGAUUUAACUGCAUUCUUGAUGUUUCCUAUGUGAACAUUGAAACAGAAAAAGUGAUGAGUGAGAGAGAGAGAGAGAGAGAGAGUGUGUGUGUGUUUGCAACCAUUUCACACCUUUUUAUUUUAUUUACAUCCUUAUUUUAUUUCUAUAAAUCCUUCUGGUAGCACUUUUUACUGAAUGGCUUACAGCAUAAAAUAAUAGACUACAGUUUUAAAAUGUGGAAGUGAAAGCUGGACCAUAAAGAAGGCUGAUCGCUGAAGAAUUGAUGCUUUUGAAUUGUGGUGCUGGAGGAGACUCUUGAGAGUCCCAUGGACUGCAAGAAGAUCAAACACAUCCAUUCUUAAGGAAAUUAGCCCUGAGUGCUCACUGGAAGGACAGAUCCUGAAGCUGAGGCUCCAAUACUUUGGCCACCUCAUGAGAAGAGAAAACUCCCUGGAAAAGACCCUGAUGUUGGGAAAGAUUGAGGGCACAAGGAGAAGGGGACGACAGAGGACGAGAUGGUUAGACAGUGUUCUCGAAGCUACAAACAUGAGUCUAACCAAACUGCGGGAGGCAGUGGAAGACAGGAGUGCCUGGCGUGCUCUGGUCCAUGGGGUCACGAAGAGUCGGACACGACUAAACGACUAAACAACAAUAAAAAAACUUCCAGCAGAGAGAGAGUAACAGUGGUUCAGAAGUCAGGUUUUCAAGGGGCCUGGGAGCAUGAUAGUGUCUUUACUUGGGGGUGAAGUUACUAUAAAAACAGCAUAAGGCAAGCCUCCCUGGGAAUAGUGUUACACAGUCGGGAUGCCACCACUGAGAAAAGGCCACCCAUUUCACUGACAAGACCUCAAAAAAUGACCUCAAUUUUCUUUUAACCUAAAUUUUAUUCCUCUGAGCCGUGUCCCAAUCUGAGAUGCAUCAACUUUAGUUGUGCAGUUUCAACUACUCACAGAACAGCUGGAAAGCAAAACAGGAAUUGUUGAGUGUUCGGUUAUAAAAAAAGCAGCCCCAAACUGAAUUCAUUUGUUGCACCUACUUUAAUAUUUUUGUAGAACAAGGUCGAUUGUAACGAAACAGAUAACAUUCUCGUUUAAUAGUUUCUAGACUGAAAUAGCUGCCCACUCGAAUCCAAGUAGUGAGUAGUGCAGUUUUGUUUCUGCAGUGCUGAUGGAGCAAUAUCUACCGUUUCCCCCCCUGCCUUGUUUAAUUUCCCUACUGUUUCUCUUGGAUGCCACCUGCUGGCAUAUGGGAAAAAAUAGUCAUAGAAGUAGUCCAAAGUGACUUUCCAUAAUACUGGUUGAAAAAACGUGCAGAGAUUUCCAUCUGUGUGCUUGCAUAACACUUGUUUAUGCAAUGCUAGUACAAGCAGUAGCACCUGGAAGAUCUGCUUUUAGAGGAAAUGUUUCUGCUAUGCAAAAUGUUGGGUGAUACCCUUGACUGGUCAAAUCUCUGUUUUUGUAAAGGAUAUGAGUCAUCUACACGGUGCCCAUGGGAGUGCGAAGGCAUUCCCUUCUGCCCGUAGGUUCCACCUCCCCCUGGCUCUCCCCAGCUGAAAUGAGUCUUAAAAGAAGCUUUCUAUUGUAGCUAUGAAAAUCUGAGUUCAGAAGUUGUGUCAAUUCUAGUUCACAUGUGGACAUCUUUGUCUGCUGAGCAUAGUCCAUUUACUUCAAUUGAACAUCCGUAGGAAGUCCUCUCAGCUUACUAGUUGGGGGUGUUUAAGGGUGACUUUUUGUUAUAACUACCAAAAUCCCAUUCACCAGCUUGCUGAUAAAUAUUUGUUUUAUUUUUCAAUAGGCUGCCUAUGCUGCCUCUGCAGUUGGGUAUCUGACGGGCAGGUAAGGUGCUUCCUUGUGUUGGUCUUCAGAGUCAACAAUUGUUUGAAAGGCAAAAACAAUCCUGGUUCUAUCAUCAUCAUCAUCAUCAUCAGGAAUUGAUUUCUAGGACUUUGUAGUUGCCUUCCAGAGUUACAAGCUUUCACUGUUUGUACACCAGUGUUUUGCUAUCUGUAUACCUCUAUCUACUUGCCACUUUACAAUGUUUUCUCUACUGCAAACCUCUGUAUAUGUGCAGCAAGCGUUUCUCUCCAUUAGUAAAUAAAAGGCCACUUUUAGAAAAUGUAACCUAAACAAACGUAAACAAAAAGGAUGAAAAGGAAAUGGUUGCUGAAGGUCCUGAAGUUUUCCAUUCUACAAAAAGAAUAUGCACUUGCACAUCAGCUUCCAUGAGAAUUUUUGGGGUUGUGGCCAAUACUAAGGAGAUACUUUCACAGAAAGGAGUCACACCCCUCCUCUCUUACUCAUAUGUGCAUGCUUCCUCAGAGCCUCUCUGACUUUCCUGUAUGAUUGUUGAUUAAAAUUUGUAGCCUGCCUCUGUCCUUCCAAAUUGAUUCUUCAGCAUGAUGUCCUAUGACAGUGUUUCCUCAUGAUGCCUUUAGAGUAAUUUGCUUCCCUGCCUGCUAAAUCUGUGUGUUCAUUCCAUACAUUUUUAUAUACCUUCUUUGUUUUUUCCCCUUUGUCUCUAGGCCUGGCGUGUGCCUUGUAGUUUCUGGUCCUGGCCUCAUACAUGCUCUAGGUGGAAUGGCAAAUGCAAACAUGAAUUGCUGGUAAUGAACCUAUGGUUGUUGUUUUUUUGAUCGACUGUUAGUCCAAUUUCUAAUUAAUCUGAAGUUACAAUACAAAUCAUGUGUCGUGAAAGCCAGAUAAAAUGUCAUUUUUCUUCUGCUUCUUUGCUCUCUCUGUGUGCUGUUUUAAGCAGGUAGGGCAUUGCGCUAGGACAGCAUAUAAAUACAUUUGGUGACUCCUCCAUAGAUUUCAGAUCUUUUUUACAGUGGCCAAGUUCAUUAUCACACAGGAAAAGAGCUCGAUACUUUAGGAAAUCUAUCAGCUGAGUCAUGUCGGCUAUGUGACCAAUAUAAUCACACCAUAACUUGGUUUAAAGAUGUUGUUUAUAACAGCAUCUUAUCCUUUAAGUGCAGUGUCUGUAGCACAUGAUAACAUUAUCGCUUGGUAACUAUCAUAUCAUCUGGUAGGGUAAGAGGCGUCUUGUUUAUCCAGUCAUAAAAGAGGAGGCAAAAAUCUCUUAAUCUUUUUGCAGAACCAAUUCAACCUUUCUCUGUGUGUGUUUCCCUCUCAAAAAAUAAAAUAAAAAUUGCCAACUGUAAUAUUAGGCAAACUGGUAAUAUGAUAAGUUGGGUCCUGUAUGAAUCUUGUUUUGAAGUGAUGAAAGCUUGCAAGGCCAAAUCAUACGUAACAUAGUGAGAUUGGGCCCAAAAUGAUGAUGGUCCUAAUUCAAAAGAUCCUCUCACACAGCAGCAUUAAUUGGAGUCAUCCUCUUGGAAGUGCCAACUACCUUUGUUGGAAGGCAGGACUAGAUUCAGCCUUCUGUCUCCCCUCUCCUCUGACUCCCCCAACUGCUGGUGAGUCUGUCAAAGCUGAGCAUGCUUACAAUUUCUUAGAAGAUUCCUGGGCCCAAUCACCAUGGACUGCUGGGUACCAAAUGCUGGGUUUAUGCCAUGCUGCCAUUUUGCAGGAUCAAGGUGAAACUGUGUGUCGGAAUCUUGAUAAUUCAUGACCCCUGGUUCCAAGAAAUGUUUUUUCCCCCCCUCUCCCCAGGCCUUUGAUUGUUAUUGGAGGUUCCUCAGACAGAAAUCAAGAAACGAUGGGAGCUUUCCAAGAAUUUCCACAGGUACACAGCUUGGUCACUUUUCCCUCUGUAAACGUGUUGCAUGAAAUGGUUUAGGGUAUUCGAUCUGUGGAACUGGCACUGUUACAAAUGCCACAUAAUACCCAUUCCACAUAUGUAAGAAAUUGAUCUUUAUGUGUGGCGGCCCCACACUGUGGAACUCCCUGCAUAAUGAUAUCAGGUAGGCAACUUCACUGUACUGUUCUUGGCACCUGCUGAAACCAUUUUUGUUUAGACAUGCCUACCCAGAUAUCUGGGGACGCGGGUGGCGCUGUGGGUUAAACCACUGAGCCUAGGACUUGCCGAUCAGAAGGUCGGUGGUUCGAAUCCCCGCGACGGGGUGAGCUCCCGCUGCUUGGUCCCUGCUCCUGCCAACCUAGCAGUUCAAAAGCACGUCAAAGUGAAAGUAGAUAAAUAGGUACCGCUCUGGCGGGAAGGUAAACGGCAUUUCCGUGUGCUGCUCUGGUUCGCCAGAAGCAGCUUAGUCAUGCUGGCCACAUGACCAGCUGCACGCCGGCUCCCUCGGCCAAUAAAGCGAGAUGAGCACCGCAACCCCAGAGUCGGUCACGACUGGACCUAAUGGUCAGGGGUCUCUUUACCUUUACCUUUUUUAUCCAGGUAUCUAGAAUGCUGGUAUGUUUUUAAUUUAAUUGUGAUUUUAAUUUUCUGAAUGUUUCACUGGAUUUUACUAACAAUUUUAUUGUUUCAUUCUUUUUGAAACCGCCUUGAGUUGUUUGUUUUACAAUCAAGUAGUAUAUAAAUGUUAGAAAAUAAAAUAAAUAUAUAUGAAAUUAAUGAUUGAGUUUAUUUAUUUUAUAAAAUAUUUUGUUAUUCAUUGUUGCUGUUUAAUUUAUGAAUCAUUUUCCUUGAGGCACCCCAAAACAAGUUACAAUAUAGCAUCAACAUGUAUAAAACUAUUGCAUAUACAAAACCAAUUUAAAACAACUACCAUCUCAACACAUAUAUAAAAUCACUUCAGAUCCAAUACAGAUGCCAGCCGGGAUAAAGAUCUCCACUUAGAAGGCUUGUUGAAAGAGGAAAGUCUUCAACAGGUGCCAAAAGGACAAUAGAAAAGGCAUCUAUCUGAUAUAUAGUGGAAGGGAGUUCCAAAGGUUAGAUGCUGCAGCACCGAAGGCCCGAGUCUGACAUUUUGCAGAAUGGACGUCCUGAUAGGAUGGUAUCUGUCACAUGCCCUCUCUUGCAGAAAGCACCAAUUGGUUGGAUUUAAAGGCUGUUGUGUGUUUAUGUAGAAUCUUUCUUUUACUGAAUAUUGCAUGUUAACAUAGUGUUGUCUGGCAUCAGCUGUGGUGUCUAAUUUUAGAGGCUGCACGGCACUGAAUUCCAGCUCCUGCAGAGCAAUAGCCAGUGAGGGCCACUGCCGUCAUUCCCCACUUGUGGGCUUUCCCUUUGGACACUGGGAAACAGGAUGCUGAGCAAACCUUUGGUUGGGUCCAGCCGACCUACUUCCUUCCUUCUCACAUGCUGUGAGAAAAUGAGAAACAGGUAAAAGUUGGCUUUAGCAUAUGUGUUUGCUUGAAUCUAGGUUGAAGCUUGUCGGCUGUACAGCAAAUUUUCUGCCAGACCCAGCAGUCUUGAAGAUAUUCCUGCUGUAAUUGAGAAGGUAUGAAGCAGUUGAAAAGCAUUGAUGCUUGCUCCUCAGCAUUCAGCUCUGUAGGCCAGGCAACCAGCAGUAGAACACAGUGGUACCUCAGGUUACAUAUGCUUCAGGUUACAUACGCUUCAGGUUACAGACUCUGCUAACCCAGAAAUAGUACCUCGGGUUAAGAACUUUACCUCAGGAUGAGAACAGAAAUUGUGCUCCGGCGGCACGGCAGCAGCAGGAGGCCCCAUUAGCUAAAGUGGUGCUUCAGGUUAAGAACAGUUUCAGGUUAAGAACAGACCUCCAGAACUAAUUAAGUAUGUAACCAGAGGUACCACUGUAUUACAGGGGCAGUGCAUUAUAGUAGAUCGUAGGUGACAUCUUGAUAGAAUUGGCACACCUCUCACUGGUACAUCUCGAACAGUAAGUUGUAGGAUCAUCCUAUAAAUGUAGAAAACAUCCAAUGCUUUUGAAGAUGUUAAUACUUUACAUGUGCUAUUUUGUAUAUAUAGUGGGCAGUGCAGCCCUCUGCAUGUCUACUCAGACGUAAACCUCACUGAGUUUAAUGGCACUUGCUCAGAGCCCAGGAUGUGUUAUAGGACUGCAGCCUAAAAGUGUAAAUAAUACUCCAUUUGCUCUUAGAAAAACCUCUUGUUCAUUUUUGUGAACUCUGCAAUAUUCUCCCAAAAUAUAUAUCCUAUACAAAACACGCACGGAGUGCUUAAUGACACUCUAUAAUCCUUCCAGAUACUCUGUCAUGGAGUAGCCUUGCAGGUUUAUUUUUGUGGCUGACGCAUUUAUUCUCUAAACUUUCCAGGAAACAGUUUUGUAAAGUUCCCUGCUGCAACUGCUACGAUUGUUUGAGCCACCGUUGGAGCCUUUAAUCAAUAGGAGUUUCAAGGAGUGUUGGCUCAGCCUAUGGCGUGCGCUGGAACAAAAAGAAUCCAGAGAAACUGAAGAACAGCUCCAGGGCAUUUACAUGGGGGUCAUGUUACUUAAAAUAGGCAGUCAGAAGGAGAUUUUGACUUGGUUACUCCAGAUAUAACAGUGGCUACAGAUGGCUGCAAGCUGAAUCCAGCUGCUUUCUUGUUCUCCAAGCUGGAUAAUAAGUUUAGCCAUUGCCUACAAAUUUGGAAUUCAUUUUAUGAAAUCUGGUGCUGUGUUUUUGUUUUGAUUUGUUUAAAAAGUUUAAUUAUUGUAGUACAUUUAUGUUCUUUCCUCUCUCUCAUCAAUCUAGGCUGUCAGAAAUAGCAUCUACGGUCGCCCAGGUGCCUGCUACAUUGACAUACCAGGAGACUUUGUAAAUAUGCAGGUGAAGAAGAGCUCUGUCAAGUGAGUCUUUUAUUAUUAAGAUGAGUGCUUGUUUCCUUUUUUGAAAAAAGGGUGUGUGUGUGCGCUAGAUUGUCAUUUUUCCUGUGUUUGAGACCCCUGCAGGAGUGUAUUGCUAAGGGAAAGCAUAAACUCUACAUAUUGAACAAACACAAGGAAUUCCUCAUAGUAAAAGACACUGAAGAGAUAUGGAUGUGAUCUGGUAGUAGCUUCCUGAUCAACUGGGAUGUGUUCAAUCCAGCGGAUUCCAGUUUACUUUCCUGAAAUUGCUACUUAGCACACGCCUUUUAGGGAAGCUCCCAUAUUGAUCACCCUUAGUCUGGUGCCUUCCAGCUGUUUUGUCUACAAGUCCCACCUGUGCUACCUGAGACCAUCCAAAACAUGGAGGCAGGCACCAGGUUGGGAAGGCUGAUCUAGAAUAAGACAUGGAAGAACUGAGCUCACCAUUAUUAGGAAGAGUCUUCAGAUCUGGAAGAGACUCAAGCAUAUAUGCCAGUGAACCAACGCUUAAAUGGCAUUCUGUUAAAUGGUGAGACAAUGCUGACAUGAGACACUACAUAUUAACUGUUAUUUUGAGUCCUGUAUGAUAAAUCUAGGGUGAGGAAGCUUUUCUGGCAAGUGGGCCUGAUUGUUAUCUUCCUACCCACACCUGUCUGUCAUCCAGCAUCACAGUGACAUCAGGUGAUGCUAAGCUUUGAAGCCCCGGUCUCCGGGCCUUCAAAGCGCAGUGCCAGACUGUUUGGAAGUAGUGUCAUGCCUUGCUCAAUCUCCCACCCCACACUGUUCCGUAAACUUCCCAUUCCAGAGGUUUAAAGAAGCAGCAUGGACCAGCUUCACUAAACUUUUUGGAUUUUGGAGGUUUAAAGGACCAUGUCAGUGGGGAGUAUGCCUUGCUCCUUGCCCACCUUAAGGUCUUGCUUGUUCCCUGCCCUUAACCACCCCACAUCUGACAGCAGGUAUGAUGUCAGGCUCAGGGCACCUGGGCAUGGCUUCCCCAAAAUGGGGAAUGACCAUUGGCCAUUCUAGCUGCAGCUGAGGAGAGUUGGAGAGCCACAAAUUCUCCAUCCCUCUUUGCCCCCAGCCACCUUCCAACUGCGGUUCCUAGUGCUUCAUUGAAGGUUCUUCUGGAACAUUCCCUGACUUCAGUGAAGGCCUUUACGGUGGGGGAGGGGGACAUUGGAGACUGCAGUGGGAAGGCAGAGGUUUGGUGCAGAAACUCCAGCGCUCACACAGAGAGCCACCAUUUGCAGCUCUUUUUACAGCUCUUUACUCUUGUUUCUUGAGGAAUCUUUGUGAGGGGGAAAUAACCCUCGCCUGUAUUUGACAAAAGUAAGCAAAGGAAAUAGUGGGAAGUUGAAACAACAACAAAACGCUUACUUUGUUGAAAACGUUGUGUUCCAGCUGUUUAAAAGAAAUCGGCUUAGGAAGGAAUGUAGCUGGUGCCUGCUGGUGCCAUUCUGCAUGUGGCUUCCCACAUGUUGCGAGGUAGAAAUGUGCAAUCUGUAUUAAGCAUAGACUAUGCUGCAAAAUUGCUGGCUGUGGACUACUAGAAACUUAUUACAGGGUAAGCGUUUGUAACAAACAUAUAAUGAAAUACUUGAGUUUCUUUUGGAAGCCAUUUGUGUACGUUGGUAGAACAAUGUUGCUCAGUAGAACAACAUCUGAAGUAAAACACAAAGCAAAACUCGUCUUUAAGUUCUUUUUUUCUGUUUAAAAAGUGACUAUAGUGACUCUUAAUUUCAGGGUUGUGAGUUUGAGCCCCAUGUUUGGCAAAAGACUCCUUCAUUGCAGGGGGUUGGACUAGCAAUUCUUGUGGUCCCUUCCAACUCGACAGUUCCAUGUCUUCCUAUUUCUUUUUUGAAAACAAUGGCCUUUUCAUUCUGCCUUCCAGAUACAUCGAGUGCUGCUCAGCACCUCCCAUCAGCAUGGCUGAAGUGGCCGCUGUUUCCAGGGCGGCUUCAUUCAUUGCACAUUCCAGAAAGCCACUCCUAAUUAUUGGCAAAGGUAAUCCUCUUUCAAGCUUAUGGCUGGUCGUAAAGUACAGCGAGGGGGAAGUUUCCUUCUGUUGCCAUGUUUAGACUAUAUCACAAAGUAAAAUCUUCCUGAACGUUGGAGAUGAACCCCCUUGAGAAAAAUACAGCAGCCUCUAUUCAACGUCCCUUUGUUUAUGCAAGAGACAUAAGAAGAGUCCUAUUGAAUCACACCAAAGAUCUGUCUAGUCCAACAUUCUGUUCCCUCCUUGACUAGUCAGAUGCCUAUGGGAAGCCCUCAAGCAGGGCACAGGCACAGUAGCCCUCUCCGCUCUUAUUCCCCAGCAGCUGGUAUUCAGAUAUAGGUAAAAGGCACAGGUAAAGGACCUCCUGGACAGUUAAGUCCAGUCAAAGGCAACUACAGUUGCUGCAUUCAUCUUGCUUUCAGGCCUAGGGAGCCUGCAUUUGUGGCCAGCGUGACUAAACCUUUUCUGGCACAACGGAACACUGUGACAGAAGCCAUAGCGCACGGAAACACCAUUUACCUUCCCGCUGCAGUGGUACCUAUCUACUUGCUCUGGUGUGCUUUCAAACUGUUAGGUUGGCAGGAGCUGGGACAGAGCAACAGGACCUCACCCCAUCAUGGGGAUUCAAACUGCCGACCUUCUGAUAAGCAAGCCCAAGAGGCUCUGGUUUAGACCACAGCGCCACCCGCGUCCCGAUUCAGAUAUAUAGUAACGUGCAGCUAUUGCAACUAGUACAUAUGGCUAACCUAAUCCUCCCCAGCUAAAACUGAUCACUGGCCAACUGAAAAUGGAUUUUCUGUGAGGAACAUAUGACCCGGAAUGCUACAGCUACCUUUGCCAGUUUUAAAACUAAUUGAUUUGUCGGUAUGUGUAAGUGACUUCUGAUUCUUACACGUUGAGCAGGGGGGGGGUUCUUCAUCUGACAGGUGCAGAUAUGUUAACAGUGUCAAGGAAUCUCUUGUGGUGGUGGGUGUCUUUCUCAGGUGCUGCUUAUGCACAUGCUGAAAACAGCAUCAGAAAGUUGGUGGACCAAUGUGGGCUUCCAUUUUUGCCUACACCAAUGGGGAAGGGAGUGGUUCCUGACAACCAUCCAUACUGUGUGGCUGCAGCCAGAUCUAGGUAAAUAUAUGAAUCAGAUCUUCCCCUCUUGUCCAACACCGUAAGCUAAAGCAUAUAUUUCUUGAAGAUUCCGCUCUUUAAAUGAUCCCUUAAUAUAAAACACCAAAUGCUUCUGCUUACAACUGAGUGUCAGGAAAGUAAUCCAAGAAAAUUCAAAUGGAACCCUUCUGAAUUUCUUUCAGCCUUACCAAUAUGGGACUUAUCCAUGCAGAUGAAGAGUUAUUUUAGGCAUAGUCUAAAGCAGGCUUCCUCAAGCUCGGCCCUCCAGAUGUUUUUGGCCUACAACUCCCAUGAUCCCUAGCUAGCAGGACCAAUGGUCAGGGAUGAUGGGAAUUGUAGUCUCAAAACAUCUGGAGGGCCGCGGUUGAGGAAGCCUGGUCUAAAGUAUGAAUUGGAAGGUGUUUAGUAUGUUCAGUACACUGUCCUCAAAGCUAUGAAAUCAUGACCAUUAGUUGCCAUUAGGUUGGGAGGAAAUUUCCAAGUGGCUCUGUAUCUCAGGCCCUUGUCAACCAGGGUAAUGCAGUGUGAGGUGACAAACACAAUAUUCUACUGAAUGCAGAAUUCAGGUCCCUAUGUCACUAUACCUUUUUAUUUAGAGAAGCAAGUUUCUAGCAUUUAUAGAUUCAGAUACUUGAAAGCUUGGACAUUGUCCGUUGAUAUAUCAAGAUUUCCAGUUGUGGCGUUUGCCAUCCUAGGUGGGUCAUAAGGAAAGGUGUGAAGUGAUUGGCCAGUGGAAGCCCAAGGGGAGGAGUUGUUGGGAAGUCAGUUGGGAGUUGGAGAAGGACGAGGGAGGAUAAGUCUGUGGGUUGGUCUAGUUUUGAUAUGAGAGAGUGAGAGAAACUGUUAGGAGGAGUCAGAUAGACAUUUGGGAUAAUCAUUUAGAAGUUAUUAGGAAGGUAUAGGUCAGUAAAGAAACUAAGAUUAAGAAACUGACGAGAAAAAUUAUCUGAAACCAUAACCUUGUUGAUGCUUAUAAAAUAAAUGUGCUUAUUUGAUUUAAUGUUAACAACUGUCUGGACUCUGUGUGUACCUGAGAGAAACGGGUUGGUGGCAGCGGGGAAGUGAUCAUAGUGGUGGCACAGGGAUCAAUAGACCGUCAAACGUCCGGGGACCCUGUGUGAUCGCCACACCAGUCAUUUGGGACUUGACCCUCUAUAACUAGAAAAAAGAGGGGGGGGAUUUUUUGCAAUGUAUACAGCGUGCAAAAUUCAGCUUUUCUUAGUGUCAAAUUUGGUAUAUUUUGAUAGGCUUUUAAGACUCUGUGUGCAGUCUUAAAUCUUGUGCAUAUUUGCUGUGCCAGUGAGUAACUGGAAAUUACCUUGAGUUUCCUGUGAGCAAACUGUUAAGUGCCUGUCUUUAGCCUGGUUAAUGUUUUUACCCUCUAUAAUUGGUUUCUACGAUGCUUCAGUAAUAUUUGAAUGACUGAAAUGUUAGAGGGACAUCUCGCUGUGACGCAGCAGCUGGGUUGGCAGAAUUGGUGGCUGGUGAAGCAGCAACCAUGUGUCUCCCAAUAGCAUGGCAGUGCAGUCUAGGAGGUGGAGCCUGAAUGAGUGACUGUAACCUACAGACAAUGUGCCAUCUGAGUGGGAAACUGUUUUCCCGGGCAAAAAUACAUCAAAAUUUGAACUUCUGAUUUUUCAAGUGUCUUUUUAAAUUUUAGUUCUAACGUGUACAAAAAUAAUAACCAUCAAAUUCUUUUCUUUGUUUUUAACUAUUAGGGCACUGCAGGGGGCUGAUGUUAUAAUAUUACUGGGUGCCAGACUGAACUGGAUUCUACACUUUGGGCUUCCUCCAAGAUUUCGGUCAGAUGUAAAGAUUAUCCAGGUAUUCAAACAGAACCAUAAUAAAGAAUCAGUCAGGGGUAUGGCACAGUCUAGGGUAACUAGGUUAGUGGGAUUUUUAUUUAUUACCUUUUUAUGACAUCCUCCAUGAGGCUCAGGGUAGCAUACACUUAGCUGAGCUGGAGCAGAAAAGUCCUCUCAAGUAAUUAAAUCAAGAAGUAAUAUAUUAUCCUUGAUGUAGAGUUUCCUUGAAACGCAUCAGGAGCCAGUUUGAUUUGCGCAACUGUAUCUUCUUUUUCCUGCCUUUUUCUACCACCAGGUUUGAGCCUUCUGCUGCAUUUUUUGCUCUUGGGGGCAGUUUGUCUCACGCAGCGUGACGGUUCUUAUUAUGCUGGGUUUAGUACAGCAGGUCCAAGCAAGGUAUAGCAGCAGAAAGUUAACUUCUGUGGGGAAAUAAUGAGUGCAAACAACCUGUUCGUGUUCCUUGCUGUGAGCUGAAAAGAAAUGCGAAGAGAUGCAUUCUAAGAGAGAAAUGUUAGUGUGAACAUUACCUUGUAACUCUUUUUGCUGUUCGCCGUAAUCAAACCUAUGUUCAGGUUGUUGUCUUUUUACUUGACAGGUAGACAUUUGUGCAGAAGAGCUGGGGAAUAAUGUGAAACCCGCUGCAGCCUUACUGGGUGACGUGAAAGCAGUGACGGAGCAGGUAACACAUGAACACACAGAUAUCUUUUUAUGUUUGGUUGGAUUUAGGAAUUUAUAGCUUGAUUUUGAACCAUUUUUGGCUAGUGUGCAUUAUCAGUUAAUUUCUUGGGGGCAAAGCUCACACUGAUAUAUUGGGCAGGAGCCGAUACCCACACAUCAUGGAAUCAUAGAAUUGUGGAGUUGGAAGGGACCCUGAGAAUCAUCCAGCCCAACCUUCUGCAAUGCAGGAAUAUGCAGUUGUCUGAUACGGGGAUCAAACCUGCAACCUUGGCAUUAUCAGCACCACGCUCCAACCAACUGAGCUAUCCAGGCAUGUUAAUAUCCCAUCAAUAUAUACCUCAUCAAUGGGGUAGAGAUGGGGUGGCUAAUGUGUGGCCCUCCAGUUGUGGUUGGGCUCAGUAAAUCCCAGCCGGAAUGGCCAAAGAUAAAGGAUGAUGGGAAUUUUUUUUUUAUUUUUUAAUUUUAUUUCUAUACCGCCCUGCCAACCUAGCAGUUCGAAAGCAUGUCAAAGUGCAAGUAGAUAAAUAGGUACCGCUCCGGCGGGAAGGUAAAUGGCAUUUCUGUGUGCUGCUCUGGUUCGCCAGAAGCGGCUUAGUCAUGCUGGCCACAUGACCCGGAAAAACUGUCUGCAGACAAACGUUGGCUCCCUCGGUGCGAGAUGAGCACCGCAGCCCCAGAGUCGUCCACGACUGGACCUAACGGUCAGGGGUCCUUUUACCUUUAUACCGCCCUAUACCCGAAGGUAUAAGACAGCAACAUCUGAAUUACAGUGUGCUUGCAUAUUUUAUUAAAGGUGCAUAUCAACAACAAUUCAAAGGGGGCAAAAAAGCAUGAUGCUGUUCUAUGGUAACAGUUUCGCUAUUCUCUUAGCUUUUUGAUCAGCUGAACAAAAUGUCUUGGAAAUAUCCUUCUAGUGCAGAGUGGUGGAAAGAACUACGGGCAAAAAUGAAAAGCAACGAGGAAGCAUCCAAGGUACUACUAUCAGUUUGUAUCAGUAAAAAUAUAUUUGGGUUCUUCUUAUGAAAUUAAUACUGCAGUUCUGUUAAUCUUUGUGCACUGUUUUCCCGUAUUAAAAAAUAAAUUAAAAAAUUCAGUACCUUGGAAAUUGAACAGCUUAGUUCCCGAAUGUUUUGGGUCCCAAACAUCACAAGACUGUUCUGGUUUGCGAACUAUUUUUGGAAGCCAAAUGUCCAAUGGGGCUUCUGCGGCUUCCAAUUGGCUGCAGGAGCUUUCUGCAGCCAAUCAGAAGCCGCGCUUUGGUAUUUGAAUGUUUUGGAAGUCGAAUGGACUUCCGGAACGGAUUUCAUUCUACUUCCAAGAUACGACUGUACUUCAAGUCUAUUUUCCAUAAAUGAAUCAAUAUCAGUCAUCUUUUCACAAUCUUUACAACUACAGCAGCCGUUGGAACAGUAGCUCUUCAAAAGCUCUUUUAUUUGCUUUGCUUUCCCCAUUAAGGCAUUAGCACUACGCAAGCAUCUGCCAAUGAAUUACUAUCAAGUAUUCCACCAUGUCAGGGAACUUCUGCCAAAGGACUGCAUUCUGGUUAGUGAGGGAGCAAACACUAUGGACAUUGGGCGCACUAUGCUUCCAAACUAUCAUCCCCGCCACAGGUAAAAAAAAAAAAGUUUCCUUCUGUGUUUUAAUUUUUAAUUACAGUUCUAAGCUUGGGCAUUAUUUUAUGGUUCCAUCUUCAGCAUAGAUAUUCAUCAUUGUGGUUUGUGGAUCAAAUGAAAUCUGGUCUUGGGCCAGUUUUUCUGCAUCGUAUAAUGAAUUCUAUUGACCUAGAGCAAAAAAAAUCAUGCUCCAGGGUAUAAUACUUCUAAAAAUCAAUAGAAUGGGUACUUUCUCAUCUUAGCAACUGAAUAAUCUUCUUCAUUAGCUUUAGAUGUCUGUAUCUACAUACCAAAGUUCUGAAAAAGCAUCAGAAUGCUUCAGGUUAGAGUCUGGCAUCUGCAUGCUAUAUCUUAGAACUUGAACAGAUGCUUUCUCAGUGUAAAACUUCAAUUUUGAAAUUAGAAUUUUGGGUCAGCAAAGAACCCUGGAGAAACAGUGGGAUAGCCCGGAAGAAAUAUUUGUGGAGAAAUGUUUGUAGCAAAGAUAUUUCUUUGCCAUAACCUUCAUGUAUUGUGUGUGGCUAUUUAAACACAACAGAUCUCUCUCUCUCUCUCUCCAUAUAUAUAUUAAUAGGCAUUACAAGGCACUUUUCUUAUUUCAACUUUAAUUUGAAAGCUACAGUGCUAAUGCCAUUGCUUUUCUGUUGUGUUCAAGCUCCCAGCUGAUUUUUCCAGGGCAUUACACACAGAAUAGAUUUCAUGAACCUUUUUGUUAAUGACCCGAGAAGCCUAUGAAAUUGCCCUAUUGACAUGCUUUUAUUUUCCUUGCGGUACAAAUCUCAGAGGGAAAGCAAUGGUUGCACCCAAGCCUUGAGCAGCUUAAUCCAAAUAAUUAGCAUGUGCUUUGUAAUGCCAGGAAUUUAACUCUGAAAACAGCUAAAAUGACAAUGUUGUAACUUAAUGACUGUAAAGAGGCCUUUUCUAACUACCAAUUCAGUGUAACAUUCAUUUAGCAAACAUUUACAAAUCCACACUUUAUUCACUUCUGUUUGGGAAUACAUGCUGUAUCUCUUAUUUCGAAAGAUAUCCUGUGCUACUUUAAUAAGGCACAAAGGAUUUGAGUUCAGAACAGCUGGCAGAAAACAUGUGUUGGAAGAAAAGAUGACAGACUUUCUUUCUUUCUAGGCUUGAUGCUGGUACCUUUGGCACCAUGGGAGUUGGGCUAGGUUUUGCAGUAGCAGCUGCUGUGGUUACUAAAGACCAUAAUCCUGAGCAACGUGUCGUCUGUAUAGAAGGAGACAGUGCCUUCGGAUUCUCUGGCAUGGAGGUAGAGACCAUCUGCAGGUAAAACCUUUGAUCCAACUUUUUAAAAAUGCAGUGGAGUAGCCAAGUUUCCCCUGAAUAUGACACCAUUCUGAAUGCGUUUCUCUUUGGGAUUCACCGCAGAUACCAUUUGCCGAUCGUCAUUAUCGUAGUCAAUAACAAUGGUAUAUACAGUGGCUUGGAUCAAGAUACGUGGAAGGAAAUCUUGAAGCUGGGAGAACCUUCUGCAUGGUGGGUACAUCUGUGCUGCACUUGCUCAGCCGAUUUAGUAACGUUUUCCUGUUACAAAUUGGAAAUUGUGCGUAUGCCAGGGUUCUAGUGUAAAACAAUAAUCAUAGUCGUACAUCUGUAGACAUUGCCAUUUCCAUAUAAUAGAAUCUCCUGGGUGUUACCACCCCUAAUCAAACUCCAGUGAGAUAAUUGAGGUGUUGGGCUCCCAUGAUAUACACAGUGGAUGCUUGGGUUGCGAACGUGAUCCGUGCGGAUGCAUGUUCGCAACUUGCAGUGUCCGCAACUCGCAGUGGCGCAUCUACACCAUAGCUGUCAACCUUCCAUUUUUUUUGUGGGAAAUUCCCUCAUUUCAGCGCCGUUUCCCACUGUUCCCGGAUUGUUAUAUAUCCUGUAGACUGUCCCCGGGACAGGUGAGGCUGCUGAUCCCUUAUUUUCAAAUCUGAAAGUUGACCGCUAUGGUCUGCACACACAUGGGUUGCGAUUUGGCACUUCUGCGCAUGCGUGACCGCCAAAACCCAGAAGUAACCCGUUCCAGUACUUCCGGGUUUCGGCGGUCCAUAACCUGAAAAAAUGUAACAUGAAAAAAUGUAACCUGAAGCAUCUGUAACCCGAGGUAUGCCUAUAGUUGUGUAGAUCACACGGUGGUGCCACAGACUGUGGGAAAGACAGCAGUACAGUGCACACUCACUCAUUCUAGUAAAAGGUGACUGUGGUUUCUCUGGGUUAUUCUCUGCUACUGGGAAAUCGAAAGGAGAAGAGCAUGGGCAGCCAGGGAGGUGGACUCUGGCAGCACAGGUGUGUUGAGCUCUUAGUGAAGAGCACCCUGAGGUCAUAGGGAAGUAUUUCCAUAAGCUUUGCGCCAACAUUCCAGAGGUGAAAAGUUACACUCUGUUUCCAAGCAUGCUCAUACAGCAAAAUGCUCAAAGGGCAGAAAAGGAAGUGAGCACAGUCGUGCCCACACAGAUAGAAAAUUUGAGAGCCAAGAGUGUGAGACAGAUGCCCACCAUAAAAAUACCACAAUUAAAUCUUUAAUUAUGCUGGCUUUUGUCCAGUGAGGCACUAUUUCAUGGUGUCUGGGAAAGCUACAGAGAUGUGCUUAAGUGCUUUGUAGAAAUCAUCCAGAAUGCUUUGCAAGUGAAUGGAAGAGAUACAAGGUCUCCAUUACAGUGGUACCUCUGGUUACAGACGCUUCAGGUUACAGACUCUGCUAUCCCUGAAAUAGUACCUCGGGUUAAGAACUUUGCUUCAGGAUGAGAAAUCGUGCGGUGGCGGCGCAGUGGCAGCAGGAGGCCCCAUUAGCUAAAGUGGUACUCCAGGUUAAGAACAGUUUCAGGUUAAGAACGGACCUCUGGAACGAAUUAAGAUCUUAACCCGAUGUACCACUGUACUGUAGGUUUCCUAUUCCUGGCUAAAACCUCCACUGAAAUAAUCCUUGAAUGCUUGCACAGUAAUUAAACAGGCCCUGAUCUAUCUCCCUGAGGCACAGAAAACAAUUAGUUUCUCUUGCUGGGUGCAUUUAUCAUAUCAACAGAGUGACCUUUUAUGAUGCCAAGGAGCUUUCCUUGAGCAAAGCUAGACCUCUUUUUGCUUCAUUUCAGCAUUCCUCCCGUGUCUCUAUUGCCAAAUGCUCGCUAUGAGCAGAUUAUGUCUGCCUUUGGUGGCAAAGGGUACUUUGUGCAGACACCAGAGGAACUGCAAGCUGCCCUGAAAACAAGCCUGGCGGGAAAGGAUGUGCCUUCCCUCAUCAAUGUCAUGAUCGAUCCACAGUCAGACAGGAAGCAGCAGGUGAGUGUCCAUUUUGUUCUCCCAUUCUGUGUAAGCAAAUCAUCACUUCCUGUGUUAAAUGGAGUAACUCUUUCGAUAGUGAAAUAUCUGUGUUAAAGAUUCAAUAGCAUCUUGGUAAGCUAAGCCUGCUGCUUGAGAUUUCAAAGUAGAAAAGUUGGCAGAAAGCACUACAAAGCAAUAUUUACUCUCAACAAUCUCCGUUAUUAAACCAGCAAAUAACCUGGGAGAGCAAAGGGGGACUUGAUAGCAAAUACCUUCCUCAGUCUUUGUAAUGGGAGAAUAACUUAACAGGUCAAACCUCGGCUUCAGUUUUGUAUGAAUUUCUAUUUUGCACAAUCCAUAUGCCUGCCAGACUUGAUUUAUUUUUUUUAAGGAAAAAUUAUAAACAGUUAUGACUAAGAACGGGCACUCUGAGGUCUCUUAUGGCUGGCUGAUCUCCCUAACCCGGAUUUCCCCAGUUCUGGUCACCAUUCAUUAUGCUUCUUUAAAAUGCUUCUAGGCUAGAGUAUCUAGUGGUCACAGAACAGCAAAGAGAGGUACAAAUGCACUGAACAACAACAUUCCAAACCUUGUAGACUGUAUACUAAAACACUCAUGUGCACAUCUGUCUGUGUCUGAGAAAGAGCCGUAGUUCUGUCUUUGUAUAUUAACCUUUGUAAUAUAACGUGUACAGACACUUGUCCACUAGGGUUACUUUUCAUUUCAUUCCCCUACACUUCCCAGGAAGUGUUGUGAGAUAGUCUGGCUACAGUUGGGUAUCCAUGGGUCAGGGCUACAUCGAAAAGGAGCUGCAUCCAUUCCUACAAAGGGAAAUAAACACAGGGAAUGUUCAAUUCACGGCUUUUUAUUGGAGAUUAGGUGUUACAGCACACCCUCAUUGCCCCAGCCAACACUGUGAUGCCUCUCAAAGACAAUUUAGCACCCAGGAAGUGCAAACCAGCACUCUGUACUUUUCCAAGCCCUUCCCACCACUUUGAGAUUAAGUCAAAGAAACGCGCCGAAGGAAGUCUACUUUGUAGUCUGGUUGUGGAUUUAGAGCAUGGGUAGGCAAACUAAGGCCCGGGGCCCAGAUCCGGCCCAAUCGCCUUCUAAAUCCAGCCCACAGAUGGUUUGGGAAUCAGCGUGUUUUUACAUGAGUAGAAUGUGUCCUUUUAUUGAAAAUACAUCUCUGAGUUAUUUGUGGGGCCUGCUUGGUGUUUUUACAUGAGUAGAGUGUGUGCUUUUAUUUAAAAUGCAUCUCUGGGUUAUUUGUGGGGCAUAGGAAUUCGUUCAUUUCCCCCCCAAAAAAUAUAGUCCGGCCCCCCACAAGGUCUGAGGGACAGUGCUGAAAAAGUUUGCUGACCCCUGAUUUAGAGUGACCUACAGCUAAAUGCCUCCCUGCGUUGACAGCCGGCCACUCAAGCUCCAUUCAAGAAUUUUCUUCCUGCUUGCUUUUUGCUUGACUGGGAUGCCGGCCAACCAGCCCCUCUGAUGCCAAGCCCCUCCCUUCCUCCAGAGUCUCUCUCAGAAGCUGCUCUGAUGUCUCAAUGUCGGCAGCUGUUUCUGGCUCCAGCUGUUUCCUAUCUGCCUUGUCAGGCUAUCCAGCAGGGAGGGGAAGCUACUAGCCACUUCUGCCAGCAGACUCUCCCUCCCAGGCACCCCUUUUAAUAAUAAUAAUUCAUUACUUAUACCUCACCCAUCUUUACUGGGUUGCCAACAGAAUAUGUAUUAAAAAAACAUACGAUACAUCAGGCAUUAAAAGCUUCCUGAUAGAGGACUGCCGUCAGGUGUCUUCUAAAAGUUGUGUGGUUAUUUAUCUCUUUGGCAUCUGAUGGGAGGGCGGGUGCCACUACUGAGAAGGCCGUCUGCCUGGUUCUCUGUAACUUCCAUUUCUCUUAAUGAGACAAAUGCCAGAAGGCUCUCAGAGGUGGACCUCAUUGUCUGGGCUAAACAAUAGGGAUGGAGACACUCCUUCAGGUAAAGGUAAAGGGACCCCUGACCAUUAGGUCCAGUCGUGGCCGACUCUGGGGUUGCGGCGCUCGCUUUAUUGGCUGAGGGAGCCGGCGUACAGCUUCCAGGUCAUGUGGCCAGCAUGACUAAGCCGCUUCUGGCGAACCAGAGCAGCGCACGGAAACACCGUUUACCUUCCCGCUGGAGCGGUACCUAUUUAUCUACUUGCACUUUGACGUGCUUUUGAACUGCAAGGUUGGCAGGAGCAGGGACCGAGCAACAGGAGCUCAACCCGUUACAGGGAUUCGAACCACCGACCUUCUGAUUGGCAAGUCCUAGGCUCUGUGGUUUAACCCACAGCGCCACCCGCGUCCCAGGUGUAUAUCCUUCAGGUAUACAGGGUCAAAGCCAUUUAGUACCAACGCUUCGAAAUGUGCUGGGAGCCAAUGUAAGCCGUACUGAUUGCCAGCAAGCCGUAUUGACUGGGGGACCUGAAUCUGCCUCUAAGCAGGUGAGAAACCCUGGAUGCAGCAAGGCAGCCCCUGGGGUCUUUCACAGCCACCCUCCCCCUUUCCUUGCAUGAUGCUCUCUGUUACUCCUCUUAAGCAUGACUACCUACUUUUUGUCCUUUUUAUUGUGCUAACGUGAUAGUGUGGCUUUAUUUUAUAUAUUUUUAAAAUAAAUUAAAUUUUAUUAAUCAAGAUUUUUCAAGAUAGCCUACAAAAGAGAACCAUAAAGCAAAUAUAAAACAUCAGAAACAAAAGCCAUUUUACUUUUGCUACGAUUAUAGUGUUGCUUUAUUACCAGUGUUUGGUUUUUCGUUUCUACUGCUGGAAAAAUAAGAUUGUUCUCUCUGUAAAAUAUUCUAAUCUGCUAGCAUAGCCUCUCAUUCCUGAAUGUUGAAUAUUGUUGUGUGGUUUUUUUGUUUUUCUGUUUUGUAUUCUUAGGAUUUUCAUUGGCUGACCCGCUCGAACAUGUAGCAGAAGCUGCAAGGACUGGAACACAUCAGCAGAAGACCACUGAACUAAAGCAAAUGAAUGUUCAGAUUUACGCUAAUUCUUCAUGUGAUUUGGAUGAGGGUCACAUUUAAAGUAUUGGUAAUAUAGAUCAGGGGGAGGGAGCUUUUUUUUGGCUCCAUGGGCCAGAUUUGACAGGUGAGUGGGUGUCAUAUGGUGUUGUUAUGAUAUCACAUGAUUGACAGGUGGGCGGCCCUGCCCACGUUUCAAAAUCCCCCACUAAAUGAGCGGGGAGGUUCUUCAGAGAGCGGCAUGCGAAGCAGCUCACGUCCUCCCUGGCAAUUGGCUGUACUGGCUGGGACUGAUCAGGCUUGGAGUUCCAGAGCAUCGGAAGAGCCAUUGCUUCCCCAGCCCUGUUUCAAAAGGCUGAUAGCAACCGUAGUGCUGCACUGUUAUGUGCUUUUCCAGACAGUGCAAUUCCAGCGCUAUUGCGGCUGCAUGUAGGGCCUCGUGUCUACAUUCAUGACAUCCACGUUGCAACAAAUUCCGCCUUGGAAGCUGGCCUUUUUUUGUUGAAGUUCAGGUGUAAAAACACCUACAACUGAGCUGUCAACAAACAGUAAUUUAGUUUAAAACAAAUUCAGAGUCUGUGCACGGGUUAAAUAAAAGCCACUGAGCCUGGUUCUGAAUUUCAGUGUGCAUUUACAUUAUGGCAGUAAAUGGACAUAGUGUGAUGAGUUCUGAAUAUAUAAAGCUGCUGAACCCUUUUUAAUAUCUUCCUAUACCUGAUAUCCACCCACUUUCGAAAAAUCAGCAUUCUGUAUAAUUCAUUCUGAAAACAAAUGUUUGUUUAAUCAGUGCCUCCAUAAAAUCACCAGAGGGCACCCUUCAUUCACGAUUCUUUGUUCCAUAACUAUGUACUAUGCAAAACUUGAUUUCCCCCCCCCCCCAUGGAUUUUUUCAGUGUUUUAUUGGGUAGGGAAACCGCUGAAUUAUAAUUGAGCCAUUUCAUAAGUGGUUUUGAAAAUAUGUCAGUAGCUGAUAAAAUAUUGAACAAAGUAUCAGCAUACCAAAUACAGAAAUUUAAAUAAUGGAGCUUGUGCGAUGUCUGUCAUUUUAAAAGCAUUUUAAUUGAUUUAAAUCAUCAAUAUGUCCAGUUUUUCGUUAGACUAAACUCUCUCACUACGCCUAUU